AUGGCUUCUCACGGGGCUUGUUAUUGGCACAUAAAGCAGAAUAUAAAACAUAGUUAUAAAAGUGUUGUUUCGACUAAAUUGUACAAAAAAAGCUGCAAUAGCGUGUACCAUAUUGAAGAGCUUAAUAAACAUUUCGACCAAAUUCGCAAAACAUAUCCACGUGUCACUAAGUAUCUUGAGGAUGAUGUCAAGUUGUAUAAGUGGUCUAGAGUGCACUUCAGUGGUGACCAGUAUGAAGUUAUAACUACUAACAUAGUUGAGACUAUGGAUAAUUUGAUGCGAAAGGCAAGAGAAUAUCUAAUCGUUGCUAUGAUCGAUUUUAUCCUAAGCACGAUGGGGCAAUGGUUCUUUACUUGUCGUCGGGAAGCAUAUGCAGUAACAACGCCAUUGACAUCUACUAGAGAGGAAAUCUUACGAAAAAGAUGGGAUGAAGUCGGUUCGUUGACAACACUCCAAUUAAAUGAGAAUGAGUACAAUAUGAUGUGUGGAGAAUUUGAUGCGAUAGUGAAUUUAAAUUCAAAGAGUUUCACGUGCAAGGUUUUUGAUAUUGAGAAGCUUCCAUGUGUUCAUGCUAUAGCUGCAGCAGGAAAGUCUCAACCCCAGAACACUGGGGAACUCAUAUAUUCUAUGUGGUCAAAAUACUGCACUUCAGAAUAUUGGCUGUUAGCAUAUGCUGAGACUAUUUAUCCUGUAUCUUCAAACUCACAGUGGACCAACAUUCUUGAAGAUGUUAUGACAAUACAAGUGAUAGCACCACCUGAAGAUAAAACUAAAGGAAGACCAAAAAUCAACUGCAUACCUUCCCAAGGUGAAGUUCCUAAGAAACAAUAUAAUUGUGGGGCGUGUGGGCAAUCAGGACAUAAUGCAUAG